AAUAAAUUAUGACCACAAAUUAUCUUCGAUCAUCACUGACAAGCAGUUCAUCUGGUUUUUAGAGCAGAAUAUAUAUAUAAGGAGCUCUCUUUUCCUCUAUCUAGUCCUCUUUAUAUGAGAGGAGAAAGCUUCAAAGUUCAGCUUCCAUGGGGUCUUUGUCUCCCAAGUUUAGGGUUCUUUGUUUCAUGAUAAUCUCAACAUUACUACUCUCAUUUUUCACUUCAGAUGGGCAUAGAAAUCUAGUAGAUAAAUCUUCUCCAGUAAAAGCUGUGUCAAAGGAAUUACAGAAUGAAGAAGUUUCCUUUGUCCCUUCCAGAAUGCUUACAGUGAGGACCAAUGACUAUCAAAGCUAUGAUCCUUCUCCAGCCUUUGUGAAACCUCCUUACAAGCUUAUACCAAACUAGUGCUACUACUAUAUCCUUUACUAUACUGAGUGUCUUAUAAUAUGAUAUAUGUACAGGCUUCUUAUAGAUACAAUUGUGUUGUUUUAAAGUCAAAACAUGAUGGCUUAGCUUAGCUUUGCUCAAGUAACACUACAGGAAUAUCGUCCAAUACCGGCGGUAACUUUUGGACAGUCGCUACCAGCAGUAAAACCGCCGGUAUUUCCGGCGGUAAAACCGCCAGAUAGCCGCCGAUUAUUACCAGUGGCAAAUAAAAUAAUUGGCGGUUUUAUCAAAUGACUGUCGAUAUUCAGUGAAAUUCUUGUAGUGUGCACUUUGUAGCUAAUAUAAGAAUAAUGUUAUGCAUGGUGCUUUGUAUAUGUAGAUGUAAAUAGUGAGCUAUGGUUUUAGUAUUUGUUACAUUAAAUAUAUUCAAUGAUUUUGGGA